AUGGAGGACGCUAUCACCACCACUCUCACUCUGGAAUCAUCGACAACGACCCUCCGCCGCCGGAACUCCAUAGCCACAUCCGUCGUCCUGCCUAAGAAACUCACCGUCCCUGCCGCCACGCGACUUCAGCGUUCGAGCUUCGACGCUCUCCCAAACGACAUCGUGCGGGCGCCGCCAUCCUCGUCAGACUUGGACCAGCUCUCGCGCGGAUCAUCUUCUUUCGUGUCCUACACUUCUCUCAGAGAUUUACUCCCAUCCGCCACUCCACCUCCUUCCGUCUCUGUGUUCGGCUACGACAUCUCCAUUCGCAAUCGCCUUGUCAAGCAAGCCGCUUGGGCUUACCUCCAGCCAAUGUCUUCUUCCCCUACCGGCUCGUCCUCCUCAUGCUUCCUCCGUCACUUCCUGCCUUAUCUCAACUUCUUUUAUCGCCGCCUAAUUUCUGGUAUUUCCUGGAUUUUUCUUCGGAUAUCUCGGGCAAUCUGGCCCCAAUCGCAAUAA